AUGCGCAUGCUCCGCCGGGCCGGGGCGCUCCGGGCCGGCGGCGGCGGCGGCGGCGGCAGCGGCGGCGGGAGGAAGUUACCGCUUUGCACUCCACCCCGGUAGCAGCUUCGGGGCCGGGGACAGCUUCCUCCGGACGCUCCGCUGGCUUCGCUACCGCCGCACGGCGGUCCGACGGGAUCAUGGGGUUGCCCAAGGGGCCGGAAGGCCAGGGUCUCCCAGAGGUAGAAACAAGAGAAGAUGAAGAACAAAAUGUCAAGUUGACUGAGAUUCUGGAGCUCUUGGUUGCAGCUGGGUAUUUCAGGGCAAGAAUUAAAGGCUUGUCACCUUUUGACAAGGUGGUAGGAGGAAUGACCUGGUGCAUCACCACUUGCAGCUUUGAUGUGGAUGUUGAUUUGCUCUUUCAGGAGAACUCUACAAUAGGUCAGAAAAUAGCUCUAUCAGAAAAAAUUGUCUCCGUCCUGCCAAGAAUGAAGUGUCCACACCAGCUGGAGCCCCACCAGAUCCAGGGGAUGGAUUUUAUUCACAUAUUUCCCGUUGUCCAGUGGCUGGUGAAACGAGCCAUAGAAACAAAAGAAGAGAUGGGUGACUACAUCCGCUGCUACUCCGUAUCCCAGUUCCAGAGAACCUACAGCCUCCCUGAGGAUGAUGACUUCAUCAAGAGAAAAGGAAAGGCCAUCAAGACAGUUGUUGACCUCUCGGAGGCUUACAAGCCCCGUCGGAAGUACAAACGCCAGCGGGCAGCCGAGGAGCUGCUGGAUGAAGAAUCACGGAUCCACACUACGCUUUUGGAAUAUGGCAGGAGGUAUGGAUUUAGCCGCCAGAGCAAAGCAGAGAAGGCCGAGGACAAGACAAUGGCACUUCCCGCAGGGCUGUCAGCUGCAGAGAAAGCCGACGCCCGCGAGGAAGACGAGCUUCAGGCUGCUGAAGAGCAGCGUAUUCAGUCCCUGAUGACCAAGAUGACUGCCAUGGCACGUGAGGAGAGCCGUCUGACCGCUAGCUCCGUGGGCCAGAUCGUGGGCCUCUGCUCUGCCGAGAUCAAGCAGAUUGUGUCUGAGUAUGCAGAGAAGCAGUCUGAGCUAUCAGCUGAAGAAAGUCCAGAAAAAUUAGGAACCUCCCAACUACAUCGUCAUAAAGUGAUUUCCUUGAACAAGCAGAUUCUGCAGAAGACCAAACAACUGGAAGAGCUGCAGGCAAGUCAUUCCGACCUACAAGCCAGAUAUGAGGAAAAAAAGAAAACCCUGACAGAGCUCAAGAGUUAUGGUGAGAAACUGGACAAAGAACAGGCCGCCCUUGAGAAGGUAGAAGCCAAAGCUGAUCCAGGCAUCCUGCAGAACUUGAGAGCCCUUGUAGCCAUGAAUGAAAAUCUGAAAAGUCAGGAACAGGAGUUUAAAGCACAUUGUCGAGAGGAGAUGGCACGGCUGCAGCAGGACAUUGAAACCCUGAAGGCUGAGAGGGCUCCAGGCAGAGAUGAAAAGACCCUCUCCGGGGGAGAGCAGCAUGGUGCCCUGACCCCGGCGAUGACGCACCACGAAGACCUAGACAGUCGGUAUAAUAUGGAGAAAGAGAAGCUUUACAAAAUCCGUUUACUACAGGCUCGAAGAAACCGAGAAAUAGCAAUUUUGCAUCGCAGGAUUGACGAAGUGCCCAGCAGAGCCGAGCUAAUACAGUAUCAGAAGAGAUUUAUCGAACUCUACCGCCAAAUCUCAGCAGUGCACAAAGAAACCAAGCAGUUCUUCACUCUGUAUAAUACCCUGGAUGACAAAAAGGUUUAUUUGGAAAAAGAGAUUAGCCUGCUGAACUCAGUUCAUGAGAACUUCUCACAAGCCAUGGCCUCCCCCGCUUCCCGGGACCAGUUUUUACGUCAGAUGGAACAGAUCGUAGAAGGAAUUAAGCAAAAUCGAAUGAAGAUGGAGAAGAAGAAGCAAGAGAACAAAAUGAGAAGAGACCAGUUGAACGACCAGUACUUGGAACUGUUAGAAAAACAGAGGCUGUACUUUAAGACUGUGAAAGAGUUCAAGGAGGAGGGCCGCAAGAACGAGGUGCUGCUGUCCAAGGUGAAAGCCAAGGCCUCCUGAAAAUUCCCAGACGGCAUCGUACGUCACUGAUGUCUUUUUCUAAAUGCCGUGUAUCUACUACAAGAUGGUGAAAUGGUUCUGAACGCUGCAGCAAAGAUGCAGGUGUGAUGAUCUCGACACCCUGGAUAUUUCCUUUCUCCUGUUUGCUUCCAUUGUUGUCGAUGGAAUCAGAUGGUGCAACCGUUGUGGCUCGGAUAACGCCCAUCCUCCGGUGAAGAAAUGUGGGCAGUAUUUGUUCUCUGUGUCGAUUCAGCUCUUAUUUCUCCAGUGACAUUGCACAUAUGAAGGUACCGUGUUUGUCUGGACUCUGAAUAAAGUAAUGUUAAUUGAGCAGCCGCUGAGACGGAGACGCUGAGGGAGAGAGCAGGGAGGCGCAGACCCUGCUGCCAGGCUCCUGGCGAGUGGCCCCAGAGCUUGACCUCCGGGAUUUUUUUUUCCCUAAUAAACAAGGGUUUUAGCUGAAUGACCAGCCCAGGUGAGUGUUGCUCACCUGGGCCUUUCACUUGCCCGUGGUGCCUUUUGUUCCCGUCCCCUCGGGUGCCAGCCAGCAGGCUUGAUGGUGUAGCAGCUAGAAAGAAAGCUCAGCACCUGCCCUGGCUUCACCCUCACGCUCCGCUCAAGUCCAUCCCACCAGAAAUCGAAAACAAGGGCUUCAGCUUGAGGACACGUAAGUAAGAAUGACCCCUCACCUCACCCUCUUCUCCUGGGAGUCCCAGCCUACCUGUGGAUGGUCCUGUGCCUCCCCCUCGCUAAGAGCACAUCACACGCCCUCCGCUUGCACAGGUCAGGGCUGGGCCCGGAGAUGGGCUCUGCCACCAGGCACGGCCGUCCAGGCCAGCGUGUAAGUGGCAGAGGGGCCAGCCGUGAGCAGGUGCCAGAGGGCGUCCCAGCAGGAAGAGCAGCGAGGUGGGUGGAGAUCUGGAGGGCUUCAUGGAGCCGGCUGGGGCUGGGCUGGAUCUGAAGGGGGAACAGCAAUGUAAUAGCAGAGAUUGGUGGGAAGGCCAUUUUGGAUAAAGUAUGGCUGUGAUUAAAACUGAAGAGGGUGUAGGGAGAGUGCAAGGCAUGCUUGUGGGGAGAGGAGUGAGUGGCCAGUCUCUGCAGGAGGCUUUAGAAACCAGUCUGGAAAGGUGGGCUGGGACCCGCCUUUGCAAGGCCUUGAAGGGAAGGUGGAAGGCUCAAGUUUCUCCUCCGGAAGGAGCAGUCCAUCCAGACGGAACUCCUCCUGCCCCAGCCCUGGGGAAUCUGGCAGCUUGGGGUCAGUGAACUCAGCACGAGGCUUGCACGUCAUUCCACACGCGCCUUGCACACGUACCAGUCAGCAGGUUUGGGCCAUAAAACAUAAAAGCUGAAACAUGCAAGUAGGGCUCUCAGUGCAGCCACGGGGACACCGCGCUCAUUUUUAGUUCCCUGAUGUAUGCGUUAAGCAGGGCUGAUGCGUACAGACUUAAACAGCCUCUUGCUGGAUUAGCAGCCCUUGGCUUCUGUGUCCUGGCAGCGAGGCCCACCCCAUGAGGAGGCUGCCCCCGGUGCCCAGUGAUAAGGGCGCUGCGCCUGGGCCGUGCGCUUCUCACGUGCCCUGAGCCCGGUCAUUUGUGGGUUCUGAAAGGACUCGAUGAAGUUGAAGCAAGUGACUGCCAAAGAGCAGGUGGUGCCCCGAGGGCAGGGGAAGGAGACGACAGUUUGACCGGAAACCGUUUCGGGUUCAGAGAAACAUCUUAGUUAUCUUGUUGAGAAGCUCACAGGCCCACUCCCUAACUAACAACUUUUGAGCAAUUGGAUUAUUCGUGUAUUAUCCACAGGUGGUAGGGAGGAGGAACAGGUAAUAUCGGAGGUUGUGGCGGUCCUCCUUCUAGAUGAUCGGGGAAAGUAGGGCACGACUAAUCCAAAGCAACCGAUAAUUCUUCUACAAGUACGGGCGUUUACUUUGGGCUGUUUCUAAACAGUUUCGUUUGGUUUGGUUUUGGUGUAGGGAGGUAUCAGUAGAUAUCUUUUCCCAUUUUUUAAUCUACGAGGCCUAAGCCAGAUAAUAAAUCAACUUCUGUUCCUUGAGCACAUUUUGAAUUAAACUACAGAAGCCCGUCUUGAGAAUUCUGUUUGCCACAGAUAAGCCACAGGGCGGACGGUGCCCUUGUGAGUAAUGAGGACAUAAAACGAGGACGUGCUUUACAGUUAGGCCUCAGAGGCUGAGGAGAUGCCGCGAGGCCCUGAUCAUUUCAGAAGCCCUUCAGGGGGCCCUCCCAGGAUUGUGUCCUUCCGUGUGCCCACAGAGUAUGGCUGGCUGUUCUGCUAAGCCCACAGGCUUUUCUGGAGCUAAAAAAAGUAAGUUACUUUUAGGAAACCUGUGCUUCGGGAGGAACAGGGAUUCCCCGGGGAGCGGUCCAUUGUCCCUGCUCAGUCAGAGCAGUGAGCUUGCUGACGGCAGGUGCCCUGGGAUUCUCGGGGAGCCUCUGGGCCGGGGCUCCCCUCCCUCCCACUUGCACCUCAGGGAGUACACGGGGCUGCUUUGGUGUAAACGGAAAUCAGAGCUGCUGUGAGCAGGACAUACCAGACGAUCACGAGGCGCCUGGGGACGUAUUUGUUGCUGUCCUUGGCCUGGGUUCCGGCUCCUGGCUCACUGGGCUCAGCUAAUCACACCCGAGGGAGGCGCUGAGGUUACAAGCCAGGGGCCUGUCUCCCUUUUUAACAGGGAGGGCACAGCCCAAGCUCGUCAGGCCUGAGCUCUCUUAGAGUCUGCAGGGUAUGGUUUUAAUUGGGUGUGGGUUCCUUGCCCAUGUUCUGUGGAGAGCCGGGUCCUACCAGUGUCCACUGGGCCGGCAGUGGGGCCAGAAGACAGGAGGCCUUUCCCAGGCUGAGGAUCCCCUCCCUGACGAACCCCGCAGCUCCUGGGCCUCCUGAAACCAGGCGCAGGGGAUGGGGAAGGCCUCAGGCUGUCAGGCUGACAGCCCCGAUCGCGUCUGUAGUGACCAGAGCAGCCCUGCCCGAGGGCGCUUUGGGCCGUCAGCUGUGGCCUGCAAAUCUGUGCCACCCUCAUCUCUGUCACCUCAGCACGGCCUUGUGUCGCCCUCUCUGCAGGUGACGGGUGACCGGUGUGAGAGGGGAGUGGACCUUUUAGCAGCACGUGCUGAGUUACUAGGCGGAGCCUGAGCUGCAGUUAGUGGGCGGUCCCCAGCCUUUUUGGCACCAGGGCCCGGUUUCGUGGAAGACAGUUUUUCCACAGAAGGGGGCGGGAGGACGGUUCAGGCUGUGAUGCAAGCGAUGGGGAGCUAUGCGGAGCAGCAGAAGAAGCUUUGCCCGCCCGCCCGCCGCUCACCUCCUGUGUGCGGCCCUGUUCCUAACGGGCCCCGGACCACUACCGCCCCGGGAGUCGGGGAUCCCUGGCUUAGAACACACUCUGAGGAAGGAGGUACUUUAUGAGUCGCACAUGGCCAGCGUUGGCCUCAAGGAAAGCAUGACUUGCUGCAGAGCCGAUGGUGAAGAGCCCCCGUAGGGUGAGGGCCCGCUGUCUGUCCGGGUGGCUGGGCACUGGCCGGGAGAGGGGCCUGUGUGAUGCGUCUUCAGAGUCCCCAGGCCCUCUCUUGGUCCUUUUCCGCCAGCCCACAGCAUUCCCUCUCACAGCACAUGGUGAUAGGCUGAAAAUGCUACUAAAAAAUAAUGUUAUGGUCUCCGCUGUUCUCACAAUAAAUGUGUAAAAACAUUAGGGGAGAUUUAGUGGCUGGUCUGCAGCCUCUUUGGCAGCGUGGGGACCACGACGGGUUCUCCGCGUCAGCCUUACGUCAGUUCCUCAAAAGUGCCAGGCUCACACCUGCUUUGCCUCUGCCUGGACUGCCCUCCCUCCCAGAUCGUGGGCAAGGGCCUUCACAGACCCCCCGCUGCUCACACAGACCCCUCAGUGUCAGCCUGCAGCCCUGACCACACACUGCCCUCUCCCCUGCGCUGUCUUGAUGGCACUCGUCACUGCUGGACCCUUAUGUAGUCUUUUGCAACGUGUGUUGCCUGCCCUCCCCUCUGGUGUGUAAGAGCAGCAAAUGCAGGCACCUCGCCUGUAUUGUUCCCCGCGGUCUCCUCGGCAUCUGGCUAGAGUGGAUGAUGAGGAAAUUCUGGCUGGAUAAAACAGCUUCUCCACAUUGCAGCUAUGCAUCCCCGUAUUAGCAAAGUUUAGAUUGAACCUUUCAUCUAUUUUAUGCUUAGCUUGAGAACAAGGAGGCAAUUUUAUUCCGCAGCUUUAGAGGAUCCCAGAGUCUUUGUUACACUCUAACCUUGAUAGUUGGGAUGAGAAAGGUGUCAGAGGUUUCAGGCCUUUCAAAGGAAUUAUGUUUUACAGAGGUAUCUUCUCCCCAUGUAGAUGGGGGGAAGGGGGAAGAAAGGAAGCACAUUACUGUCAGUGAUGGGGUCAUGAGUAUGUUUUGGCUCAAAGUAAGCCAUGCAUAAAGGUAACUUGUCUGGUUGAAAUGACUGAGCCACGUGAAACCAAGAAGUGGGAAGCAGCCCCGGGAUACAGCAUUCUGGAUACAGAAGUACGAGCAGUACAUCCCCUUGGAGGGUAGUCAGACAAUUCCUAUCAAAAGUGCAAAUGCACAGAUCUUUCGGGCCAGCCAUGCUACUUGUAAGGGUUUUUCCUGUAUACAAGGAUUUUCAUUGCAGCAUUAUUUGUAACAGUAAAAAGUUGGAAACUACCACCAACAUAGGGCAAUGGUUAAAUAAAUUGCGGCAAGUCCAUACAAUGGAAUGUUAAGCCACUCUGUAUGUACUACCAUGGAAUGAUCCCUAAGAUGCACGGUUAAGCGGGGAAAAGAGGCUCUUGGCUUAGUAGUGUUUGUUUCUAAAAAAAAAAA